GAGCAGGAGGAGGAUGUUCCAGAAGAAAAUAUGGAUGAAGAAAGUAAAAGUACGAAAGUGAAGCUCUUUAUCAGUGGUGUGGUUCACAAUAAAGAAGAUGCCAGAACAAAAUCAUAUGUUCAUGUUCCAGCUGAAAUAAAUAACAUGGAAAAAGACUCCUUUGAACUGUACAUUCCUGGAAAUGGUUCUGGUCAUGAUCUGCCUGAAACGAAGGCUGCAAAACAGAAAGUUGCAGAUAUGGCUGCUAAAUUAGCCUCAGAGCUUAUGCCGUCUGAUGUUGCCAAGGCAUUAUGGGGUACAACCAAGAGUUCUUCAAAGAUAAAUAAAGAAGUUCAGGAGCUUUUAAGGCUUACCUUAAGCAAGGCCCGAGUCAAGCUCGCCGAUAAUACCUUUUUUAACCGGAUCAUUAUGGACACUAACAGCAUGGAUCCAUUUAAUGGUCUCUAUGUGGGAGCAUUUAGUCCAUAUGGACCAGAAAUUGUGCAGCUCCAUUGGAAGUUCGACCACUGGAAUAGUUCCGAUGACGUUGAGUUUUUCGAGUAUGCCGAAGCAGUAAAGUUGACUGGUGAUCUGAGUGUCCCUGCUGGCCAGGUUUGCAACUUUUAUUUUCUAAAAAAAUAUGUCAAUAUGGCUCCCAUGAUAUUCUACUGA